CCAAGGAAGAAAACAAACAAACAAGUCGCCCAUCUCUUAAAGAAAUACUCCAACCACAACUAAUCCUCAUCUUCACUAAUCAACCUCUGUUUCUCUCUAGAACAUGCACAGACAAUCCUUAGGCUCGCCGAGCUCCAAGCUCCGCAUCCAUGGCGGAGAAGAGAGUUCGAUCGCCGAUGUUCAGAAGCGCCAGCUAAUCAUCGACGACGAUGAUGGCAAAGAUGUCAAAUCUCGCCGAUUGUCGUCCUCGCCUUCUUCGUUGUCUCCGACGUCGUCUUUGUUCACAUCACCUACUAAGCCUGAGAAGCUCAUUCACCUGAUUCCUGUUCUUACUCUCCUUUGCCUCCUCAUUCUUUACCUAAAUUCUCACAGUCCUUCGCAGUCUGAUUUGGCUCAUUUUAAUGGAUUUCAACAUUCCUCGAAGCAUUUAGAAUCAACCGAAAUCAGUGAUGCUGGUCAAUUUAUUGAUUCUCGGAGAGGCGACAUUCUGGCGAUCCGAAGCCUGAAGAACUUGCAAGAAGUUGAUAAAAAUGUCUCAAAAUCUCGUCCCCACAGGAAAAUAGCCGAUUUCUAAGCGGCCUUCUCUAGGUUUAUCCUAUUUUCUCCUUUGUUUUCUUCUUUCAUCACUCGUUCAUCGUCAUCGCUUCCCUCUAUAGCUGCCAAUAAGCCUGCACGUAUCAGUCACACUUUCACGUGCGAGCAUUUUGUGCCCAAUUUUUUUUGUCGCGCGUGUAAUUUCAAUUUCUUGGUUUUUAAAGCAAAUAUCUUAGCUGGCAAACUACGUUGUGGCACUCGAUCAAUUAUUUGAUCAUCCUUUUCCUUGAGAAAAUAUAUUUUGUUUAUACAAAACAUAAAAGAGAAAAAAAAAGUUAAAGUGCGUGUUAGGAGGUGUAAGUUAGUGAAUAUGAUAAAGGCGCCAACGGUCUGUUGCAGUAUUUUGGGAUCAGCUCCAGCUGGGAAUUCGGACAGUCAAACACCUCGUAUUGCGGUUUCGACACCAACCAGAAAGUUGCAGUAAUAGCAGGAGCAUGUUAACUGCUUCAACAGGGCAAAAUCGAUCAAUAGAACGUUGAAAAAAAAAGAUUAGUUUGUAUAAGAUAGUGGAAGAAAUAUUUUUUUGAGAUGGAGUGAUUAUUAAAGUAUCGGAGAAGA